AUGAGAAUCUUAUCAUGGAAUGUCAGGGGCUACAAUGCCCCUGACAAGACCCGCUUGAUCAAACGAUGCCUUGAUCAAGUGAGACCAGACAUACUCCUUUUGCAAGAAACAAAGAUUAAAGAAGAAGAUGUUAAUGUUUUUUCUAGGAAGUUUCCAGCCUGGAAAUGUAUUUUGGUGGGAGCUCAAAGUGCCUCAGGAGGCCUUGCGGCUCUUUGGAAUGAUUCAGUGAUGGAUGUAGUUGUUAUUAGAUCAACAAGGUGGUGGCAGUGGUUGAAGAUUCAAUCAUUUCAGUUUCAAACAAGUUUUUUCCUUAUCAACAUUUAUGGGCCCAACAACUCAAAUCUGAAAAUGCAGAUGUGGGAGGAGCUGGCUGACAUAAUGAGAAAUGACAGGGAGAAUUUAUUUAUUCUUGGAGGGGAUUUCAAUGCAAUUCUUCGCCCCUUGGAUAAAAUGGGCAGUGUAGGGUGGAAUAGACAAAGCCAGAGAGAUUUAAGCUCUUUUGUCAUGAACUUAGGUUUGAUUGAGAUUCCCUUUAGAACAUGGGAUUUCACAUGGACAAAUAGGAGUAGUGGCUUUUUGAAUAUGGCAAAGAGGUUGGACAGGUUCUUUAUUGCUGGUGACUGGUUGGAGAGUCACUGGAAGAGUGUUGCUGAGAUUCUUCCUAUUUCAGGCUCUCAUCACUACCCCAUUUGCCUCAGAAUUCAAGAAGAAAGUGCCCCUGAGAGAUGCUCGUUUAAAUUUGAAACAAUGUGGUUACGAGACAGCAACAUCAGAAAAUUAAUUGAACAGUGGUGGAAGCACAAUCUAGACAAUCCAGAGUUGAAACAAAUAAAUCGGGAGGCAGUGAAUCAUUUCUCAGAUAUUUUCAAUGGUGUUGGGAAUCAGGGAAGAGAUAUGCAUCAAGUUUUGGGGGUUAUCCCUGCAUGUGUGAAGGAUGAGCACAAUCAAAGGUUGAUGGAGCCAGUGUCUAUGGAGGAGGUGAAGCUUGUUGUUUUUGGUCUAGGGUCGGAUAAAUCACCAGGGCCAAAUGAUUUUCCAGCCCUCUUCUUUCAAAAAUUUUGGGACAUCCUAGCAAAGGAUAUCUUAGGAGUUGUAGAGGAAUCAAGGGCGGGAGGGUUUGUGUUAAGGGAUUUCAACAACACUUUUAUAGCUUUGAUUCCAAAGAAGGCUGAGAUUACAUCGUUUGAUGACUUCUACCCGAUCUCUUUAUGCAAUACUAUCUAUAAGAUAAUAUCCAAAGUUAUGGCAAAUAGACUAAAACAAAUUUUGGAUUUGGUCAUUUCUAGUGAACAAAGUGGAUUUGCUCCAGGCAAAUCCAUCUAUGAAGGAAUUAUCUUGGCUCAUGAAGUUAUUUAUUCCAUUCAAAUAGCAAGGACAUAA